AAAAGUUUCAUUUCUGCACAACAGCCUUCAGGGAACUGAUAGACCUUUUUUGUGAAAUAAGAAGAUUCAGAGCAGCUUCGCUGAGGAUAAUUGACUGAGGAAGAUGGAUGAAAAUGAGUCCGCAGUCAAGAGCUUCAAACCCUAUUGACCUUCAAUCUGCCAGCAGUGGGCCAAUGACCAAGCCUUCAGAGAGAAAGAACAUGAAGUCUACAGUACCAAGAAGAAAAAACGGAUCUGCAGUUAUUAAAGCUUUCAAAACCAGGCAAAGCGAUAGAUAUGGGGCAUGCCAUGUAUCCCAGAAUGCUACGCUGUUGAUGGAAGACCAUGCUCAUCUAACCAAUGGCUUGCAAUCAAAAGAUAGACUUCUAUUACUUUUCACAGAUUCUCUUAUCGUCGCCAAAACUAAGUCUUUAUAUCUGAAACUUAAAGCUUGUGUUAGACUCUCAGACAUAUGGCUAGGGUCCUGUAUUCAUAUCAUCACAGACAGGAAGGUCACCUCCAAGAACUCGUUUGUGAUUGGCUGGCCAACCACCAAUUAUGUUGCCACUUUUAGUUCAUCAGAAACAAAGGACAGAUGGUUGCAAGCUCUUCAGUGGCACACCAAAAGAGCCAGGCAAAGGGUCUUGCCAAACGCCAUUCUUCUCUACGUCCUGCUGCUCUGCCACCCAGAUGACGACAGUCCAGCGACCGUUGCUGUGGCGGUGGAUGUGAGCACCACAGCCGAAAAUGUGGUGGAUUACAUCCAGCAACAUUGCAAACUGAUGGGUGAAGCCUCGGACUACCAGCUGUGUGUGAAUUAUGAACAAGAAGAGGAAACAUGCACCCUUAUUGGCCAUGAGCUUCCAUUCUUCAUCCUCCAUCAUUCCUUGCAAAGUCAACAAGAGCAUCUGCACACACCCAGUGAGCAACUGCAGAAAGUGUUUAGUGCUGUCCAGCACACAGUGGCUACAAAAACGCCUCACUUCACCCUUAAAUCUAGGACACACACUCCUGGUACUUUGCUGAAACACAAAAGAAAGAGGUCUCUAAUUGAUUGGGCUCUAAGGAGGGGACACUUUAACCAAUCGGAUGACCACGUCGAGCAACACACCGCCUCUCAAAAGCUAUUCGGCCAGUCUCUUUCCUCUAUCUGUACUAAUGGAAACCUGCCCAAGCCGAUAACGGACUUGCUAUACCUUCUGUUCUGUGAGGGUCCAGAGACGUGUGGAAUAUUUCGGCGUUCUGCGAAUGCAAAAAACUGCAGGAUUCUAAAGGAGCGAAUUAAUUCUGGGAAAAGCUUUUCACUGCAUAAAGAAUCCGUGUUCGUCUCUGCAUCUCUUAUUACAGAGUUUUUACGUGAACUGCCUGAUGGUGUGUUAUGUUGUGACCUCUAUGAAGACUGGAUGGAAGUUCUCCAAAUCGAGGAUCAACAGCAAAAACUUUAUAAAGUCCGAAGUUUGCUCUCCCAGCUGCCGGAGGAGAAUGUUACCUUGUUGUGUCACUUGUUUGGAGUGCUGUACAGGAUACACAGCCACUCACAUGUAAAUUUGAUGACAGCAAUGAACUUGGCCCUCUGCGUCGCACCAAACAUGCUCUGGAAAUCAUCCCAGAUCAGCCCUGAGCAGGAGGGAAAGAACACCUUGCAGGUUGCCCAGCUCAUCCAGUACCUGAUAGAAAACACUCCCAGCAUAUUUGGAGAGGAUAUGGAGAGUCUGUUCACCAGGCAGUUGAAUUCAGUGCAGGAAACACAUGAAUGCACAGGUGAUUCGUAUCUUCACCACUCCUCUUCGGAAGACACAGAUCAAGAUUAUUUUGCAUCUACUCCUCUCUCACCUGAAGUCCACCCUCUUUUUCUCCCUCUGGCCACACUAUCUCUCAAAGAGAGGAGGAAAACACGCCUCUUUCAUAUUGAUAUGCGGUCAUCACAGGGAACGUACAGCUGUGGAACACUGGAUUCAAUUACAUCACAUUCUAGUGCAUCUGUAAGCAACGGUAAACUUAGCCAAACACGCGAUCGAUGCCUCUCUGAGCCUUCCAUGUAUUCUGCGAAACCUAAAACGCAGAUACCAACGCAUUCCCCUGUUAUCCGACAAUCUAGCUUUGAUGCCGCAGCAAUAGAAAGCCAAAAUGAGAAAUCAGGGGGCUCCGUGGGGUUAAGCCCAGAGCAAAAGUCAAACAUUUCUGCGAUGGGUACAAGGCGACGACGUUACACUUUCUGGAAGUCGCCACAGAUCCCCAGCCGCUUUAGGCAUCCUGCACAGAAGUUGGCCAGCAUGUCAAGCCUGUCGUCCGCUACCACUUCCUCUCUCAGCUCAUUGGAUAGCACGCUCUCUCUGAGCUCUGCCGAUCAAAUCCCAAGCCCCCAGGACACACAAUCCCGUCCUUUUCUGUUUGGGGCUGCUGCUAGACUGCGACCUCUUACCCCAGAGAUGACAAGAAAACGGUGGACAAAUGCUUUUACUUAUGAAGAGGAGGAGAAGGUAAACACGUGGGGUGAGAGAGAUCAGGAGAUAAAAAAUGACAGAGAGUUGGAAGCAUCUUCACAUGAAAGUGAUGCAGAGAGAGGCGAAAGCGUGGACGCCUCGGGCUCUAAUAUUACAGAGAUUAAAGCACUACAACAAUGCGUGUUAUUGUCAGAUUGUCAGAGUCUUGCUGAGAGUGUUUGCAGCAUGGUAUUUGCCAUGAAUCCAUUAAAGUCAUCUGACGCAUGCAAGACAGAACAUGAAGUGAAUUUGCAGAAGCCAUGCUGCAUACAGACAGUCCCACUGGCAAAGCAGAUCGGUAAUGAGAUACAAGAAUCCGAUUUGAUACAAACACCCGUGGACACACCUGCAGCAACACAAAGGCCAAACAUUGCCGAAAGAGAAAACUCUGACAGUUAUGUAAAUGCACACACAAAAAUGCACGCCUCAAGUGGACAUAAAGUGAGCAGGAUGAAAAUAACACUUUUCGAAUCUGUAGGAAAGUCAAUGUUGAAACAUUGUAAGGUCAGAGAUCAAACUUCAAAGCAUGUUCCUAUGGGAACGAAGCAGGUCGUGGGGCAGGAGUUUACUAAAUAUGUGGAGGGAAAAGGGCGGGAGUCAAUUCCCCAAACACUGUUUUAUGGUCAUGGUGUUCCAUUGUGUUCUGCACCAUCCCAGCAAAUGGCACUUCAGGUGAAAACACGCUGUCCUUCUCUUGAAGAUGUAGAUAUGAAGGAUGCUGGGUUGGGUUGUGGAGCUGAUGUUAGCAGGAUAAAUAAUAAUAGCCUUAGCAAAGGCAUAUGCGGUUACUCAGAAGAGAACACUAUUGAGGCUAGCAAGUUUGCAGAAACUUUCCGCCACACUAUAUGCGUCAAGCUUCCCGGCAACUUACGCAACAGAGGGCCGUCGCAGAACAAGCCAUUUCCAUAACUAAUUCUUUUUGACUCUAAUAUAUCCUUUAAUUUGAAAAUGCUUUUCAGUGUAGGUAUAGAGUAAAUCUUUAAAGCCUGCAGACGUGUUGCAUCAUGUGUACAGCAGACUGAAAUGUUUUUGUGAAUGAUGUGUAGUCUAUGCUACAGAAAUUUCAAGUUGUGAGGUUUCUCUUUUAAAAGGUAUCUUGCAGAGAGAACACGCAGAGAAGCGAGUGCUACAGCUGUGGGAAUAAAAUGUAUUUAUCCUUGGGGGUAGGUAGAGGGGGGUUGGCAUGCUCCAUGCUGGCAAUGAUGCUAUUAACAGAUUUCUCUAAGGAAACAUAACGGAAAGAAAAAAUAAAUGAAGCUAAAUUAACAGAGUUUAAUUAGCAAAAUAACCAAGACAUCGGGAAUCAACAAAAAGUGACAUGACUUAAUAUCUGAAUGUGCGCUAGAACAAUCAUAGAAAAAAAACGAUGGCAAUCACGAUUUCUUUCUCUUGAGGUAUAGAUUUUUGUGCUCUUCAAAGUCAAAGGAUAAACGGUAGACAUUACUAUGGUAAUAAAACAAAAGGUUAGCUGUCUCCAGUGAGACAGUGGAAAAAAGAUGUAACCCAGCCCAUACAGCAAAAAACAAAAACAUUUAUCUGGCCAAAAAGAUGUUUAAAAUAUAUUUUGUAGAAAGUGUAAUGAAAUAUAUUUUUGAAUUUGAAAAUAUAUUUAGUUUGAAUCUUUUUAGUGUUAUGUUAUAAUAUAAAAAAGUUUUUCUUCCAAUGCAACAUGAAUAUAAUUGCUUUAAAAUAUAUUUAUUUCUAAAAUAGUUUUAAAAAAGAUAUUGGUGAAAAUUAAUUUUUGGCCAUUUCAUGUAUAUUUUGAAAUAUAUUUAAAAUUGAAAAUAUAUUUACCGUAUAUUUUAUGUGAAGUGUUUGUGUGUGAGGGACAAAUGGAGUUUGUGUGUAAUUGAUAAUGAUUUGAAUAAUAAAAAUAAUGGGUUUUCUGUGCAUCUAGUAUUCUUUUCAAAGCUUUUUAUAUCAUUUAUUGGAGUAGGGGAGACUGGAAAGUGUUGUAACACAGGGUCAGUUGUAACCUUGUCAGUUUGACCAAGGAGCCGUGGUGAUGUAAACAAUAUCAUACACUGCCUCUCCUUGUUACAUUUACAGAAAAAUUGCUAUGUGUCUGUCCGCAAGAUUAU